AUGCCAGUUGCUGCUGCAGCAGCAAGAAAGGCGGCUGCACGCAUACGUGCAGCCGGGGAAAUUACCUCACACACCUCACCAGCUGGUGAUUCGUCUCUUGCUGCUUUGAACACUUCACGUGGUGAGUCAUCACGUGCGACAGGUACAUCCGCUGCGUCUGCAGCGGUUACCGCGAAUCAUAAUCCAGAUGAGUCUGGAACAGAGCUCAGCUAUUCUGGCGAGUUGGAUGAUGUAUCCGACUCGGAAGCGACACCUCACGCAUCUGGAUCACCCGGGGCGGACACUGCAAGAGCCAAGUUGACUGGAUCUGGUCAACGUGGCGGUAUCAUGUCCGUGACCUUCGGAUCGAGCGAUUGUUUCGACGAAUCUCUGCCUUACGCAAGUCCAUCCAACGAUAGGACGCGUGGGGAUGGUGGUGAUGCACCUAUGCAUUGCCACGUAAGCAGCAAAUCGAGGGAUCGAGCUGCCACUGGUGCCAGUGCUCAUGCUGGCACCAAUCAAGAGUCCAAGGGCUAA